AUGUCUGAUGAAAUAAAAUUGGAGAGGUUGAUGAAGAGCCAAAUAACCAAUCAAAUGAUAGAUCAGCUAGUAUAUGAGACAGAAUCAGUGAUCUCUGUGGUCCCAGAACCUAUAACAACCAAAAACAAACUACCCACUUUGCGUGAAUUCAUAAUAAAAUUAAUAGAUUACACCAACGUAUACACACCUACCUUACUAAUGACAUUGUGUUAUUUGAAUCGUUUGAGUUUGAAACUGCCACCGCAUGCCACCGGGAUGCCUUCGAGUAGACAUAGAAUCCUCCUUGCAUGUCUAAUACUGAGUGCUAAAAACCACAAUGAUUCAUCCCCACUAAAUAAACAUUGGACAAAAUACACGGAUGGAUUAUUCACUUUGCAAGACGUGAAUCUGAUGGAACGACAAUUACUGUCACUACUGGAUUGGAAUGUCAUAAUACGAGAAGACGAAUUGUUGGAAGUUAUGGAAUCUCUAUUGAACCCCAAGGUGUCUUCUGGCUCAUCACUAUAUAAAUUGGGAAGGGAGGACUCUAUAUGGUCUACUCUCAGUAGUUCAAGUACGCUAGUGAAUCCACUGUCUCAACAGGAUCUAAAUAAGCCAUUACGAGAGUACAAUAUGGUCAAUAAUUUAAAGAAGAAGAAGAAAGUAUUCAUUUUAAAGGAUAAUAUCCUCGAAACUACAGGUGAUACUAGUAAUAAUAAUUUGAAAAGAAGUGAAAAGACUUGGUCUUUAGGGAAAAUAAUGAAACAAUAUGGAUUCUAG